AGAGGAGCGGGAUCUAACCAGCUCUUCGUUCAGUUGGAUCCUGAACUCACAAUGAUCCUUCCUGUCAUCCACUUCUAUCUCUUCCUCCUCGCCUGCUUCCUGAUGAAAAGCUGCUUGGCUUUUAAGAACGAUGCCACAGAAAUUCUAUAUUCUCAUGUGGUUAAACCUGCUCCAGCGAAUCCGAGCAGCAACAGCACACUGAAUCAAGCCAGAAAUGGAGGCAGACAUUUCAGUAACUCCGGAUUAGAUCGGAACAAUCGGGUGCAAGUGGGCUGCCGGGAGCUGCGAUCCACCAAGUACAUUUCAGACGGUCAGUGUACUAGCAUUAACCCUUUGAAGGAGCUGGUGUGCGCCGGGGAGUGUCUGCCCCUGCCCGUCCUCCCCAACUGGAUCGGCGCGGGCUACGGGACCAAGUACUGGAGCAGGAGGAGCUCCCAGGAGUGGAGGUGCGUCAACGACAAGACUCGCACCCAGCGGAUCCAGCUCCAGUGCCAAGACGGAAGCACGCGCACCUACAAGAUCACCGUGGUCACGGCCUGCAGAUGCAAAAGAUAUACCCGGCAGCACAACGAGUCCAGCCACAACUUCGAGGGGGUUUCGCCGGCCAAGCCCGGCCAGCACCACAAAGAGAGGAAAAGAGCCAGCAAAUCCAGCAAGCACAGCAUCAGUUAGAAACCAGACUGUCAGAGGCGAACUGAUUAAUAACCGUCCGCUUUUAACCGGGUUUGACUGCUCUAAAGACUAAGUCGUCCGUUGCGGUUUUCUCAUUUGAAAAUAUACGCUUAUUGCUCUGACCAAACUUGAGGGGGUCCUCAUAUCUAUCUGGGCUUUCUUGAGGAAUUUUGUUUGCCCUUUCAGAUUUUCAAGAUGGGGAUACCCACACGUGCUAUCUGCCUUUAAACCACACCCACAACACACAGUUAGGGACCCACGCAAGUCUGGGAAGACUAAUUCCUCCUUCCCGACAACUCAGACGGAACAAACCAGAAGGGCGAUAGUCGUUGCCAUGAAUUUUCACUGAAGGUUGAUUUUCAGAAAGGUGCUCUUCUGUGAAUCUUUAUGGGAACAGACCAGACUGUAACUAGACUAGACUAAAGCUCGACAGGAGACUAGACUCCCGCCACGAGACUGUAAGCUCCUUGAGGGUGGGGAGCAUGACUGCCAAUUUGGUUGUAUUGUACACUCCCAAGCGCUUAGUACAGUGGUCUGCACACAAUAAGCAUUCAAUAAAUACUAGUGAUCGAUUGAAUGAACUGUUCCAAGGCCAAUAGCUUCUUUUCCGUUUAUCGAACUUUCAACGCCUUUCCAAAACAAAGCCCACAUACAUGGAACGGUUUCUUAGUACGAAAGAAUGUUUUCUUGCAUGACGGUUCUCAUGUGCACAUCCCAGUAUUCCCGAGAUGCAUGGCAGCAGCUGAAAAGUAAAUCUGAAUUAACUAUUUAUUUGUCAGUGUAAUUAUUUAAUGAGCUUUUACAUGUGUUUUUUCUAAAUGUUCUUUUUUUUGUAUCUUUUCAUGUAACUAAAUAUUUUCCUAUGAUUUAUCGUUGAUCUGAAAUUGAAUAUGCAUUCUGUAGAUAUGUAAAAUAAAUGUUUUAGUCUUCUUGUUAUAUAUAUAUAUAUACUUUUUUUCAUCGUGAACUUUAUCAACAGCUUGGAUAUUUUUAUCAGUGAGAAAGCUUUUUAAAAAAUGCUUUGUAAAAGCUUCACUAUACUCUUUUUUUUGUUUGUUUAAUCUGUGCCACCCAAAGGUAUGUCUGAAGGCCUUUGACUUCAUCAGUUUCUUUUAACAAAAAUAAACAGUGCACAGCAAGUUAUUGUUCUUGGUUCCAACAUGUAAGAAAAU